UGGAGCGGUAAGAGCGGUGUGGUCGUGGGGGGGAUGGCCAGCAAAGGAGCUGCACUUGCUGUUUGUCCGAGUGACGCUUGGGUGUUUGUAAAGUGUUCUCCAGCUUGUUUCAGCGGGUGUGCACAAUGCGUCUGGCUGUGGUUUCAGUGUAGAGGUGCAGUCUGACAAUGCUGUGGCCCCUCUCCUGCCGUUGGGUCCUGGCAGCUCCUCUGUUGGGGUAACUGUGCUGGAAGGAAACCUGAACUCUCCAGUUUGGGGUCGGAAUGGUUCUAACAAACCCCACUGUGUUUCUGUACUUCUCAUCCUCAUUGCAAAUACUCAGGUUAACUGAUUUUUAAAAGUGUAGAACAGCUCCAAAACAAAGAGGGGGGCAAAUAUCUCCUGCCAGGCUUUCUGCCCACAUACCCUGCCUGUGGGAACGUUCACUGCGGUGAUGGGAACCGCAUGGACCAAACAGCCUCAAGAGCCAACAGCUGCUUUGGGACCAGGCGUGUGAGCGGCGCCAGGCGCGGGCGAGUCGCUGCCCUGUCUGCAGUGCUGGGCGGAGGCCCUGGCCGCUCUCCAGGCUCUGCUGGUGACGGGUCCCCACGUCGGGUGCGUGUCCAGCCCUGGUGCCAGCGGGCAGGAGAGGAGCCGGGCCCUGGUGUGCUCAGAGCGGAGGAUCCGUCCCUUCCGAGCACCACUUGCUGUCUGCACGGAGGGCAGGACUGAGCAACCAGCUGCUGAUGCUUUUCACCAGAAAUUUCUGUCCUGGCACGGCAGAAAGUGAAGAACCAAGUGUCAGAGCUGCUGUCACCCCUCUGUCUCAGCCGUCGGGUCCCUCCUCACCCCAGGCUGUACCAUGGCGAGGGCUGUGGAGCGGAUCCCUUAAGCCCUGUGCCCAUGGGCUCCUAACCCAUCCUGGAAUUGACCUGAGCUGCAUCCAGGCACGUCACUUUGGCUGUGCCUGCUGGGGAACAGGCUCAGAGCGGCUGCUGUCACACCUUGGAGCCCAGCAUGAUAGUGUUUGUGUCACGGAUGGGCUGCAAGGCAAGAGGGUGCCUGUGCCAGCUAACAAUGGCUUCUGGAACAGAUAAAACAGCUGCUUGCUGAUAUUAACCUUGCAACAGCUGCAUGUGUCCCUUUGUUGUUGUUGUUCUGGAUAGGGACUGGCACGGUAAGUCCUCAGAUCCUCAGUGAGGAGAGCGGCUGGGGUUUGCCGCAGGUGACGCAGAGGAGUGACUGUGACUCACCCCCCGAAAGAGGAAUAGAGCAAAGACUGUCAUCCCUGCUCCGAGGAGCCGAGCGACCCACGCGCCUUCCCCAGCGCAGCCGCGGAGAUGUUGUGCUGCUCUGCAUGGAAGUUUCCAAGAGUCCAACAGCGGGGCUUCCCGCAAACGGCGCAGUCAGCACCGGGUCCCAGCCACCAGCGUGUGAAUCAAAUCACCUCCCUCCCUCCUUCCCUCCUCGGCAAUUUCUCUUCUCUGGAAGGUGACGCUUCCCUGGCUGGUUUGAGUCUGGGAACAGGAGCACCGAGCUGCUGGGACAGCUUCACAUGAUCAAGUUUUCUGGUGUGAAGGAGCACGGUGGGCACGGAGCAGCUUGGCCUGUGUGGGAUGUGGGUCUCAUCAGAUGGCAUCUUCAGUAAAACUGAAGAGCGUGAGUUGUGAGCGUUGAGAAAUCCCACCUUCCUUUAGCAAAGGAAAGAAAGCAUCUGCCAUGCAGCGACAGAGAAAUUUCAACUGCGAAAGGGACCUGGGGGAAGAGUACUGAAAUUGGAACACAGCUUGCAGAAACCGUGACUUUUCAGAGCGCGGUGGGUUUGGGGAUGAUGCUGUGCUACGGGAGGACACAGGCUUGGUGUCAGUGCCCAGCGGUGGGAUGUCCCCUCAGCCCCUGUGCUGCUGAGGCAGCAGGAGACGACUUGCCCACCGAGUCCCACCAUCCACAAUUUCAGUUGUUCAAGGAAUUAGUGGAUGGGACCAGGACCCUCUGGGAAACUGCCCUCAGGUCUAAAGGAGCUGAACAGAGCUGGUAGCUCUUUAAGGACAUUUUUCUUAGAGCACAAGAGCUCUCAAAUGCCAUAUGUUAAAAAAAUUGUGCAUGGACUGCAGGAAACCAGCCUGGGUCAGAAAGGACCUCCUGGUCAGGCUGAGGGAAGUGCCCGGGCAGUGGACCAGAGAUGUGUAUCCUGGGAUGAGUACAGGGACACUGCCUGGAUGAGCAGGGCUGGGAUCAGGAGAGCUGGUGCACAGCUAGAGUGGAAUUUGGCAAGGGGUGCGAAGCGUAAGAACGGCCUCUGCAGGUGUAUUGGCUGGAAAAGGAAGAUUAAAGAGUAAUGUGUCCUGCCCUUAAAUAAGAUGGGAGAGAUGGUGAGAACCAACAUGGAGAAGGCUGAGGUACUCAACCUUUUUGAGGGAUGUGGUCAAGCUGGAGGAGUGGGGCCCUAUGAACAUCACGAGGUUCAACAAGGCCAAGUGCAAAGUCCUGCACCUGGGUCAGGGCAGCCCCCAGUAUCGAUCCAGCCUGGGGAUGGAGGGAUGGGGAGCAGCCCCGUGGAGAAGGACUUGGGGGUGCUGGUGGGUGAGAGAUCGGCCGUGAGCCGCCCUGUGCCCUUGCAGCCCAGAAGCCAAUGGUGCCCUGGGCUGCAUCCCCAGCCCCGUGGGCAGCAGGUUUGGGGGAUCCUGCCCCUCUGCUCCGCCCUGGUGAGACCCCCCUGCAGUGCUGGUCCAGCUCUGGGUCCUCAGCACAGACACACAUGGACCUGCUGGAGAGGGGCCAGAGGAGCCACAGGAAUGAUCCGAGGCUGGAACAGCUCUGGUGGGGACAGGUGAGAGAGCUGGGGUGUUCAGCUGAGAAGAGAAGCUCCAGGGAGACCUUAUUGUGACUUCUUAAUAUAUAGAGGGGCUUAGAAGAAAGGCAAAGACUUUUUGGCAAGGCUUAUAGUGACAGGAUAAGGGGUGGGAGUUUUAAGCUGAGAGUAGCUUUAGCUUGGACAUAACGAAGAAAUGUUUGCAAUGAGGGUGGUGAGAGCCUGGCCCAGGUUGGCCAGAGAGGGGGUAGAUGAACCAUCCCUGGAGACAUCCCAGGCCAGGCUGGACGGGGCUCUGAGCAACCUGAGCUGGUGAAGAUGUCCCUGUCAUGGCAGGGGGGGCACUGGAUGAGCUUUGAAGUCCCUUCCAUGAUCCUCCCAUGGAGGCGGUUCUGUGCGUGAAGGGCUUCUGUAGGAGAACACCCACAAUUUUUAGUUGAAAAGUGGUCACAUGCAUCCCAGCAUGACAAGCUGGUGGGAAGGGGAGCACAGGGACCUUCUGUCACCAUCCUACAGCCAGCGGAUGUGACAGUCCUGCCUCGGCCCAGCCUUGUGGCUCAGCACCCCCUGGGCGGGCAGCCCCCACUUCAGCGAGGCCCCAUGGCUGGUGCCUCUGGUGGCCCUGAUGACUUGGAGCUGCUGAAACAGGAGGUGAAAAAACAAGUUCCUGGUAAAACCGCAUCCCCCCGCCCAGCUGCAGCAGCGGGUUCCUGCCGAGCCAGCGGUGACGGGGACGGUGGAGAAUUAAUUUGGGCUCCGAGGCAGGGAGGAGGAGCAAGGGCCAGGACAGCUGCGUCCUGCUCCCACCUGGCUGUGGGACAGGAGUGUCCCCAGGGCUCAGCCAGCGCAGGGAAGGUGGCAGCAGGAGAGGACAGACGGUCCCUGAUGCGCUGACAGACGACCAUGUCCGGGAAGCACUGGUCCCCCGGGACGCAGUGUGUCACCAAGCACGACCACACCAAGCCCAAGUCCCAGGAGCUGGCUUUCCGCAAGGGCGACGUGGUCACCAUCAUCGAGGCCGUGGAGGGCAAAGGCUGGUACCGCGCCAAGCACAACGGGACAGGGCAGGAGGGGCUGCUGGCAGCCAGUGCGCUGCGGGAGCGCGGGGCCAUCCGCGCUGACCCCAAGCUCAGCCUCAUGCCCUGGUUCCACGGGAAGAUCUCGGGGGUGGAAGCGGUGCAGGAGCUGCAGCCACCCGAGGACGGGCUGUUCCUGGUGCGUGAGUCUGUCCGGCACCCUGGUGACUACGUGCUGUGCGUGAGCUUCGGCAAGGAGGUGAUCCACUACCGCGUGGUGCAUGAGGAGAACACGCUCAGCAUCGACAGCCAGCAGUACUUCUCCAACCUCAUUGACAUGAUUGAGCACUACACGAAGGAGCAGGGAGCCAUCUGCACCAAGCUGGUGAAGCCCAAACCAAAAACUGGGAUGAAGUCAGCUGAGAAGGAGCUGGCCAAAGCUGGCUGGUUGCUGAACUUGCAACACCUCACGUUGGGAGACCGCAUUGGGCAAGGCGAGUUCGGAGAUGUCCUGCAAGGGGAGUACAUGGGGCAGAAGGUGGCUGUGAAGAACAUCAAGUGUGACGUGACUGCCCAGGCCUUCCUCGCUGAAACGGCUGCCAUGACGAAGGUCCGGCACAAAAACCUGGUGUGUUUGCUUGGCGUGAUCCUGCACAAUGGCCUCUACAUUGUCAUGGAGUUCAUGAGCAAGGGCAACCUGGUGAACUUCUUGCGCACGCGGGGCCGGGCACUCAUCUCGACGCAGCAGCUCCUCCUGUUCGCUCUGGACGUGGCCCAGGGUAUGGACUACCUGGAGUCCAAGAAGCUGGUGCACAGGGACCUGGCUGCCCGCAACAUCCUCAUCUCUGAGGAGAACGUGGCCAAAGUGAGCGAUUUUGGCUUGGCUCGGGUCAAUCCCAAGGGCACAGAUGCCACCUUGCUACCUGUGAAGUGGACGGCCCCAGAGGCCCUGAAACACAAUAAAUUCUCCUCCAAGUCGGACGUGUGGAGCUACGGGAUCCUCCUGUGGGAAACCUUCUCCUUUGGCCGAGCGCCCUACCCCAAGCUGAGCCUGAAGGAGGUGACAGAGCAGCUGGAGCAGGGGUACCGCAUGGAGCCCCCCGAGGGCUGCCCACCCACUGUCUAUGCCCUGAUGAGGAGCUGCUGGGAGCUGGAGCCAGGCAAGAGGCCGUCCUUCAAGAAACUCACGGAGAAGCUGCAGAAGGAACUGAAGCACCUGACGGAUGUUUAGCCCUUGUCCUACUCCUGGGACCCCUGGCCAGAAACCCCCUGGCCAUGCCAGGGUUGGGAGCAGCACAGCAAGGGGUGGCUGGGCAGUGGGGUGGCCUGUGUCACCGCUCCCUCCCAGUGAGGAUGGGACAACAGUUGUGGGGGUCUCUCCUCUGCCGGAUGCCUGAAGAGGGAAACAGCCUCUUUCCACCCUGGCACAGGUCCUUCUCCUCACCACGCAGUGUGGAGAAAGUUCCCAUCGGGUCAAUGUCCCCCGACCCCAGGGUGGGCAGAGCAGAGCAGCCCCAAGGGGGUCAGUGUCCCUCACACCCCGUGCUCAGCCCUGCAUGUGGGGUCUCUUUGAACUGCGCCUUCGGGUGACAGGGGACAGGAGGGGACGUCUCCGCUCGCUGGAGGAUGAAACCCUGACACAGCUCCACUCCAGCCACACAGCCCUGUGCAGGAACACUGGGCACAGCCAGCUAAGCCACACGGAUUUGGGCUUUUUGAUUAAACCAAAGAAAUUAGUUCAACA